CUCGCUCGCAGCCUCGCACCACGGCCAUGGCGGCAGAUCGUGCCGGCCAAGCGCCGCCUCUCCGCGCUGCCCGACACGCCUCCCGCAUCGGACGCGCACGCCAACAUCAACGAUGACCUCGUGAUGAACCGGCGUGACCUCGACUUCAUCCUGUACGAGGUUGAAAACGUCGAGGCGCUGUGCCAAACCGAGCGCUACCAACACUGCGACCGGGCAACCUUUGACGCUGCGCUGGACACUGCCCACCAGCUGGCGCACUCACACUUCCACCAGUACAAUGCAAAGGGCGACCGCCACCCGCCGCAGUACUGCCAGGAGACGGACACGCUGACGCUACUGCCCGAGCACGUCGCGGCGCACCGCGCCUAUUCCGACGCCGGCUUCCUCACCACGUCGAUGGACGCCGAGGUGGGAGGGUCGCAGAUGCCCGUCGCAGUGAGCGGCGCCGUCGGGCUGCACUUUUCGUCCGCAAACGCCGGCUUCUCGGCGCACUUCGCGCUCAACGUCGGCGCUGCAAAGAUCCUGCAGCACCACGGCACCGACGAGCAGCGCGCGCACGUGCUCCCGAAGCUGCUCAGCGGCGAGUGGUGCGGUACCAUGUGCCUCUCCGAGACGCACGCUGGCUCGUCGCUGACCGACAUCCGCACGACGGCGCACCCGCAGCCCGACGGCACGUACAAGAUCCGCGGAAACAAGAUGUGGAUCACCGCCGCGGAAAACAACUUUGGAGGCACCAUCGCGCACAUGGGCAUCUCCCUCUUCCUCGUCCCGAAGCAUGCGCUCUCGUUCAGCGAGGAGGGCGUCUCGCUCGGCGACCGGCCGGCGUCUAGCUCGGCGUGGGCGGGAGCGACGGGUGGCGCCACCGGCCACCUUGUCGGCGAGCCUAACCAGGGGCUGCAUUGCAUGUUCAUCAUGAUGAACGAGCUCCGCUUCCAAGUCGGGCUCGGCGGCGUGGGCCCCGCCCUCGCGGGCUACCUCUACUCGCUGCAGUACGCGCGGCAGCGCACGCAGGGCCGCUCGCCGCUCUGCCGCGACCCGAGCACGCCAAUGGUGCCGAUCAUCGAGCACUCGGAUGUCAAGCGGAUGCUGCUGCUGCAAAAGGCGUACGUCGAGGGCGCGCUCGGGCUGUGCAUGUACACGGCGGGUGUCAUCGACGCGCUGGCCACCACGGCCGACGCCGCGGCGAGGUCGGACAAGCUGCUGCUGCUCGAGCUCCUCACGCCGGUGGUCAAGGCGUGGCCGUCCGAGUGGUGCCUCGAGGCGAACAAGUGGGCGAUGCAGGUGUUGGGCGGGUACGGCUACACGCAGGACUUCCCGCUCGAGCAGCUCUACCGCGACGCGCGCCCAAACAUGAUCUACGAGGGCACGUCCGGCGCCCUCGACCUGCUCGGCCGAAAGGCGUCGAUGGGCGGCGGCGCGGCGCUCAAACUGCUCGGCGCCGCCGUCGCCGAGGACGUCGCCGCGGCGCGGGCGGCGGGCGGCGCGCCGCUGGCCGAGGCGGCGGACUCGCUCGAGGCGGCGAUGCAGCGGCUGCAAGAGACGACGGCGACGCUGCUCGGCGCGGCGGCGGGCGGGGAGGUGGAGGUCGGGCUGAGCAACUCGCACGCCUACCUCACGAUGACGGGCCACACCGCCGUCGCAUGGCAGUGGCUGCGGCAGGGCACCGCGGCGCGGCGCGGCCUGCUGCGCCUCGAGGCGGAGGGCGGCGACGCGAGCGCGGACGACGAGGCCUUCUACCGCGGCAAGCUGCACACGAUGCAGUGGUUCACCCGGCAGGAGCUCUCGAAGACGGAGGGCAUGGCGCAGCUGCUCUGCUCCUUGGACGAUACGAACGUGAGCAUGCGCGGAAACUGGUUCUGAGGCGUCUCGUGGAAGGACUCGUGAAUUGCCCGCGGCCACGCGCGCGGAGAUCGGGGAGAAAGGAUGCGUGGGGGCCUGGCACGGCACGGAGUCGGCACACACCGGACUAGUCACCGAGAGACACGUUCGUGCACCGCGCAGUCGGUCGUCAGUGCAGUCUCGAGUCUGCAGAGCCAGCAGAGGGCAUGUACGUGUACGUAUCAUUAUUUAGCAAACGCGAUUAUUCUGGC